AUGGCAGACCUACAGCAGCAAAACCUCAUCAAAGAUCAUCCGAUCGGAAAGGGUCUCGAUGAUUUUCACACCACGUUCAACUCGAUCUGCGACAAGGCAGGCAUCUCCUGUACACUGGACGCGCUGGAGCAGCUGGGACGAGAAGGCAAGCAGACCACUCUUAUUCCCAAACUCUGGCAGCUGCCCGUUGCUCGUCUUCUACCUUCCGGGUCAGGCCAUGGCAUCCUUCGAACCGAUUUGAUCCGACUGAACUCGGCAGUCAGCUCCGACGCUUUCGAUUUCGAUAGCAUAAAGCCCCUCCUCUGCUCAGUUCUCGAACGCGACUCUGAUGAGCGCAUCUGGGAACACAUCUACUGCCUGAUAGCCGAUAUCCCGUCGCUGCAGCAACCCCCCCCCUCCCAGCCGCAGCGCACCCCGCCGCCGAGACAACCGAUUGCAACCUUCCUUGAGCAAACCCCGUGGGUCUAUACCACGAGCGGCAUAAUGAACUCGUCCGAGAAGCGCGAAGAGGUGGAUAGAAUCCUUAAGCUGGAGCUUGGUCCUCUCUAUGUCGAUAUUCCUUCCUUCAGCGAGACAUACUUCGGACAGGUAGCUGGCCUAGAGGCAGGGUCCAAGGCUGUCUUCAAGAAGUGCAUGGAGGGCAGCAAUCCGCUUUUUGGGCCCGAAGGGUGGCGCAGCUGGCCAGCAAUCACAUCAGAAAAAAACGUAGUAGCCUGGUUCUACGAUCUGUUUCCCCAGCUGGAAGCAUUCGCAGAAGCCUGCGGUGCUGCGCCGGCAUCUACGCCAGCAUCUACGCCGGCAUCUACACCGAUACCUGCGCCGAUACCUCGACGAAAGCUGCUGGUACAACCCAACACGCCGCUCCCAGACUCUGUGGGGAAGCGCAGCAUGGACAUCGGCUUUGUAAGGGAUGACCUCAUCACGGCGGCAGAAAGCGGUUCCAGAUAUCGAUGGUCGCACGUUCUCGUGCCAGGCGAGCUGAAGAUGGGUCCGUCUGACGAUAUACCCUCGAUCGCGUGGAUAAGCAUUGCAACAUACGCAAGGGAGGUCCUCUCAGCCUGCAGUACUCGCCGCUUCGUUCUAGCCUUUACCCUCUGUGGACCGCUUAUGAGGCUGUGGGAGUUUGACCGGCUCGGGGGGAUUGCGUCCGAACAGUUCGAUAUUAACAGAAACGGGCUGCAGUUUGUGUUUACAAUGCUCGGGUUCCUGUGGAUGAGCGAAGAGCAGCUUGGCUUCGACCCAGCAUUCAAGAGGACACCCAGCGGCCAGCAAUUCAUCGAGAUCAACCGGAAUGGCGUGAACGAGCGUCUCAUGGUCGAUGGAGCAAUAAUACACCAGCAUUGUAUAGCUGGCCGAGGGACAACCUGCUGGAAGGCUCAUCCUGAAGAGGAUCCUCGGACAGUACUUGUCAUCAAAGAUUCGUGGCAGUUCCCAGAGCGGGACGUAGAAGGCGACCUGCUCCGCAAGGCGACUGAGAAGAAGGUUGUCAAUAUGGCUCGGUACUAUCAUCACGAGAUUGUUCAGGUAGGCGGUACUAAUGAUACUAUCCGGAGCAAUGUGCGCAAGGGGCUGGAUAUCACCAAAGCUUCCAACUACAAGCCAGACUGGACAGACUUUAUGCCGCGCGUAAAAGCGAGAAGUGGCUCGCGGAGAGGCCGCAGCAGCAGCAGCAGCAUCGCCGGCGGCACAUCUCUGCCGACCAAACGGCCAUCCAGCUAUGCCGACGCACUUCCGCCGCCCAACAAACGAUCCCGCCUCUCGCAGAACCCCAAUAAGGCCAGCACCACUACCCUGCCGAACCGGGAACACAGGCGUACCAUUAUCCGUGACUACGGGCAGCCCAUCUACAAGGCAAGUUCCCGGGCGAGCCUACUCGCCGGGCUGGAGGGCUGUCUCGCGGGACAUGAGUCCCUGUACCGAGCAGGACUACUGCACAGAGACAUCUCGAUCAAUAAUCUCAUCAUCAACGAAGAUCCCAGCAAUCCGUCCUGGCAGUCGUUUCUGAUUGAUCUGGACCUUGCCAUCGAGAUGAAGCGAGAUGAUACAUCGGGCGCGAAGAGCAUGACCGGAACCAGGGCUUUUAUGGCCAUAGGGGCACUCAUGGGCGAGCUGCACUCUUUUAUGCAUGACAUUGAGUCCUUUUUCUGGGUUUUGUUUUGGAUUUGCAUCCACUUCGAGGGGCCGGGCGAGGGGAGAGUUGUUCCCGAGUUUGACAAGUGGAACUUUGUCAAUACAGACGAGUUAGCGAAGCUCAAAUUGGGUACAAUUUCUGACGACGAAAUUUUCGACAGGACUGUGAUGGGACAUUUCACCAAAUAUCAUGAGCCCCUAAUCCCUUGGAUAAACGAGUUACGGAGGCUAGUGUUCCCAGGGGGUGGGAGGUGGAAAAGGGAAGAUGAAGGAUUGUACUUAUCAAUAAAGAGGGUUCUUGAUAAGGCUGCAAGGGAGUUACAAUAAUCAAGGGUUAUUCUAUCUGAUGCGGUGGAUGCAGCAAAAGUCCUGUUUCAUCGUGCUGGGGUUGAAGUAAGAAUGGAGGCAGGCACCAUGCCGAUAGGCUGCCUACAGGUUCAGGCUGGUUAUGUCGAGCGACAGGCUGAGAAUGCAGAAGUAGCAUUAUAUUCCUUCUCAGUUAAGCAUUCAAUAAGCGUCC